AUGCCUAACCUGACCCCACCAGUCACGAGUGUAGCUAGGGCCUUGGAGUACAAGGCUGAGCUCGAGGCCAUUGAUCCCACUGUCAACUAUCUCAUGUCCCUCUUCCUUCAUCCCGAUGUCACCCCCGAAGUAAUCGCCGAGGCCGCAAAGGCCGGCAUUGCUGGUGUCAAGCUCUACCCUCAAGGCGUCACCACCAACUCCGAGAAUGGCGUGAGCGCCAUCGAGGACUACUUCCCCGUCUUCGCCGCCAUGGAGACCCACGAUAUUGUCCUCAAUCUCCACGGUGAGGCCGUCAAGAGCCCGGAGCCCGGCCUCAGCCUCGAGGAGGCCUUCCUCCCCAUGCUCAAGAAGAUCCACGAGGCGCACCCGAAGCUUCGCGUCGUGUUGGAGCACUGCUCAACCAAGGCCGCCGUCGCCGCCGUGCGCGCUUGCGGCCCCACCGUCAGCGCGACCAUUACCGCCCAUCAUCUCUUCCUCACCGGCGACAUCAGCCGCAUUAACCCCCAUGCAUUCUGCAAACCUAUCCCCAAAACUCCCGAGGACCGUGACGCCCUCCUCCAGGCCGUCGUAAGCGGCGAUACCAAGUUCUUUUUUGGCUCCGAUAGCGCCCCCACCCCCUUAUCAACAAGACGAAUUCCCAAGCCCCCGCCGGAGGCUACUGAGCGCGGAGUCCUCAACCCCGACGACGUCACCCAAGAUCGUCUCGAACAGUUCCUCAGCCUAUCUGGCCGAAAGUUCUACAAGCUCCCUCACGCGGCAGCCGAUCUGCCUAAGAUCAAGCUGCAAAGGGCUGGUUCCAGGAUCCCUUCCAAUAUUGGAAAUGAGGACGGUUCAUUGAGGAUUGGCCUAGUCCGGGCCGAGCACCCAAUCCUAAGCUUAGACUGGGCUUAG